AUGAAUAUACCGAACUUGCCGGCCGUUCGAAAGGAUGCUCAACCUGCCGCAGGCGCCGUAUCAAGUGCGAGAUGCGAAAAGGCUGGCUUCAAAUGCGAUGGUCCACAGUCGAUCGUCUUUGUGCAAGGCAAAAUCGUCAAGUCUAGGAGGUCACAGAAGUUGAAGAGCAAGGCGGCGGACCCGCCUGUAACGACUGUCUGGAAGAGGCAAGAAGUAGAAGAGUCUACCUCGGAAUCUCCUGAACACCGCUUCGACCUCCCUGAAAUUAGGCCUAAAUUCAACGACAAAGAAGUUUGCAUAUGUUAUGCACGCCGCCAUCUUCUACCCAACGGUCCCAUAGACCUAGGGUUACAGGAGCUUCAGCCCUCAGACAUUGUCACGGAUAACUACGCCGCAAGAGGAGCAAGCAGCCCAUUAUUUGUUCAAGCCGCACUCAGCUUUGCAACCCUCUUCUUCGGCGCGCAGCAUCACCAGAGCGGGAUCCUCGCCGAAGGUUAUGCCAUACAUGGUGUAGCUCUCAAGCGGCUGAAUCAGGCUUUGAGCCAGCCAGAACGCCGUAUGCAUGACGACGUAAUCGUCUCCGUCAUUCUAUUGGCUAUGCUUGAACUUUUCAUGCCCACUGGACCAAGAAAUUGGCUCAAGCACAUGCUUGGAAUGGAGCAGCUCCUAGCAUUACGUGACCCAUCAUCCCUGGUUCACGCGUCAUUUCGGACACUUGAGCUGUACAAAGCUGCGAGUGACGAGCUCUUCAAGCUUCAGCAUGCGUCUGGCUUAAGCUAUAUUCAACGGCGACAGGAAAUGCAAUGCAAGGCAGAUGGGACCUUAGUCUUUCUUCGAGCGUGGAAACGACGAUGGGAUAGCAAUGAGGAGAACGUCCAUAUCGAAGAAGAGUGUCUUGAUCCGACCAGUACCCAGAUUUCGCCACGCAUUAUAUACCGGUUCAUGAGCGACUCUGUUGCACGGAUGCUGAUGUUGUACAACACCGCAUUCAUCUACACCCUCCGUGUCAUGGCGACUUUAGGAAGCAAAACCAACGGCACACAAGACAUUCCGAGCGAUCACAUACAGGGCGGCACAGGCGCGGAUGUUGUGACCGAGAGUUCUUACUAUCCUGCCAUCCAUGCAGCAGGGCUCAAUAUUGCCUGCUGCAUCACUGACUAUCUGCAACACAAACGUGCGCGAGGAGAAACAGACUUUGUCUCACCCAUGGUACAGUGGGCUGUGAUCACCGCCGGGCAGGCAUUAGGCGGCGAGGAGUCUCCGGAUGGCAAAUGGAUGGUCAGCCUGCUGAAAGGAGACGCUAUGUAUACGAUUGCGAAGAGAGCUUGGGAAGUUUGA